CGCAUCAACACCUCUUACAAACAACCACCGCCUCACUGCCCCCAUCGCCUCUACCACCACUCUCGCUGUGGUAACCUCUCCUCUAAUCUUCUUAUACUGUCGAGCGCCCGGUUCGCCUUCCCUCACCUGAUCGCGUGUCAUGGUAAGAUCGCCUCUCAUCGGAAGCCACCACGGCAACAUGCUAAAGACAUACAGGGUAACCAGCAAUCGAGUGCUGGAGGCGGCGGACCUCCAGGAGACGAUAAAAACAAGAAGGACAAGAAGGAGAAGCCAAAGUACGAGCCACCGCCACAACCCACAACCCGCAUCGGCAGGAAGAAGAAGAAGGCCGCUGGUCCCAGUGCCGCCGCGAAGCUCCCGACCGUCUACCCGACUGCGCGAUGCAAGCUACGGUACCUCCGAAUGCAGCGAAUCCACGAUCACCUCUUGUUAGAGGAGGAGUACGUCGAGAACCAGGAGCGCCUCCGCAAGGCAAAGGCGGUCAAGGAAGGCAACGCGCCUGCUGCUGCCAACGCAGGGGACGGCGAAGACCGAAACGCUGAUGAGCGCUCGCGCGUCGACGACAUGCGAGGCAGCCCCAUGGGUGUCGGCAACCUGGAGGAACUCAUCGACGACGACCACGCCAUCGUAUCUAGCGCCACCGGCCCCGAAUACUACGUCUCCAUCAUGUCUUUCGUUGACAAGGACCUGCUAGAGCCCGGGGCGAGCAUUCUAUUGCACCACAAGUCCGUUUCAGUAGUCGGUGUGCUCACAGACGAUGCCGACCCGAUAGUGUCAGUCAUGAAACUUGACAAGGCACCAACAGAGUCGUACGCGGAUAUUGGUGGUUUAGAGCAACAAAUUCAGGAGGUACGAGAGGCUGUUGAGCUGCCUUUGUUACAUCCGGAGCUGUACGAGGAGAUGGGUAUCAAGCCGCCGAAGGGUGUCAUUCUCUAUGGUGCGCCAGGUACCGGAAAGACGCUUCUUGCAAAGGCCGUCGCCAACCAGACCAGCGCAACUUUCCUGCGUAUCGUGGGUAGUGAGCUGAUUCAAAAGUACCUUGGAGACGGACCCAGGCUAGUGCGACAGCUCUUCCAGACCGCCGCCGAGAACGCGCCUUCCAUCGUCUUCAUCGACGAAAUCGACGCUAUCGGUACCAAGCGUUACGAGUCAACAUCUGGUGGUGAGCGUGAGAUUCAGCGAACUAUGUUGGAGCUGCUUAACCAGCUGGACGGUUUCGAUGAUCGUGGAGACGUCAAGGUCAUCAUGGCCACCAACAAGAUCGAGACGCUCGACCCCGCCCUUAUUCGUCCUGGUCGUAUUGACCGAAAGAUUCUCUUCGAGAACCCCGACCAAACCACCAAGAAGAAGAUCUUUACUCUCCACACUUCCAAGAUGUCACUCAACGAGGAUGUCGAUCUUGACGAGUUCAUCAACCAGAAGGACGAUCUUUCCGGUGCCGACAUCAAGGCCAUCUGCUCCGAGGCUGGUCUCAUGGCGCUCCGCGAGCGUCUUGCGCUCAGUGCCUCCCAAGAGAAUACGACUGCUUCCACUAUACACGACCUCUACAUUUCAUUCGCUAUGGAGAUCGAGGCACCUACCUUCAUCUCGCUCAAUAAGCCUCAGAAGCGCGCGCUCAUUCUCCGCGACCAACUUCGCUUUCAUGAUCCGCACCACCUGGAUUUGUUCCUUGAGGGUAUCAGUAACGAUGAGCCACCUACUUACACCAAAGUGAACGGUAUCAUCAAGCCUGAACUGGCCUUGGUCACACUCAAAGAAGAAGCCACACAUUUCGAUCUCGGAAAUGUUCAACUACCGGAAGAGCACAACUCCAUAUACCGCGUUUACCUGGUGGUAGAGAAUGGCCAGAUCCAGAUGCAGACUGAGGAUCCUUUGCCACAAGAUGAAAACGUGCUCGACUCUCAACCUAUUCAUGGCUUCAUUGCUAGGACUAUGGUACCAAUGUUUAAAGAAAAAUUCCAGGCUAUCUUUACGAGGAUGAACAAGAUCAACGAGGCUAGGCGGACCGCUUACAACAUGCCUAACCAGGCGCCAGUUUUGUUUCAUGAAGGAGAGACACUCACAAGGCUCGAUCCAGCGAAGGCUAAGCAGGACCGGACUCUUACUCGUGUAACGAAGUCACGCAAGCGAGCACCAAAUGAGGAGAUCGUUCAACAUGUCUCCAACAAGCGCAAAUGCGUUGGUCUCGAUGCAAUUCCUGAAGAUGCGAAGCGCAAGACCUUCGACACAAUUCCGAGCCACGUCAAAGUAGAUUUGUUCAACUCCGUUGUCAAUACAGCAUUCCCCAACUUUAACAACUUGAUGCUCGCGUCCUGGAACGUGAUCACAAUCUAUACGGCUUGCGGUAGCGACUUUCCGGAUCUUCACAAGGCGAUCGUCGAUCUCAAAGGAGUCCUCCAGGAUUUCGACGAGUCUUUUGGUCAGCACGUUGAUCGAGCCCCGCCUAAAUACAGGUACGACUUUAGUGGACCUUCUCGGGACGGUACAGAUGAGCAUGGGACCCAAGAUCGUAACGGGAGGCGCGACCAGGAGCGUUACAAGGACUGCGAAGACGACGACGUUGAUCAUCAUGGGAGUCUCUUCGAAACUCAUGUGCCUGUCUUGGGACAGGGAGGAGUUGGUAACUCUAAUCAAGCUGGCGACACCACUGCUAACAAAGCGGCGCAGGUGCAAGAGGGCAUUGCUGAACAAGGUGACGGCACGGAAUACUCAGACGACCAAGUACCUCCUGGGGAUCCCGAUCUGGCCCUCACGACCGAAGAUCCCAGCAAAGUUUGUCGACCUGGCUCACACCAUAUGGCAGAAACCCACGUUGGAGGCCAGGAGCACGCUUAUCAUGUGAAUAAGAUUACAGAGCAGCACAUCGACGACGACGAUGCUGAAGAUCGUCCCCUCAUUACAUUACGAUCAGGAUCUCGUGAGGCGUACUCAUCCUCUGUUGAAAGAAAGCGUAACGAAGAGCCGCCCGUCGGUAAAGCUACUCCUAAGACUACACAGCACGCGACCAGCACCAAGGCCUAUUCUGCAGAAGAGACCGAUUCCCACUCAGAGCUCAAUCAACAAACAACACAACUACAAGAUGGCCCGACCGCAGACCCGACUUCCGCUUCAACGCCUCAACCUAGGAAGAAGAAGCAGCGCGACAUCUCUAGCUACACCAUCGUCGAACUCGAAAAGAAGUAUAAGGAGCGCGAGGCUCACAUCCUGACUACCUUCGAGAACGACAUGAGCAAGGUCCCGGAGAAGCACCGCAAGGCCCUCGAGUCGAUGAAGGCUCUACUUGAGGGCCGUAAGAAAGAUGAAGCGCAGGAGAAAGCCAACAAAACGAGCAAUUCCUCUGGAAAGAUCGGACGUCCGGGUACUAGCAAUGGCGGCAUGUUCGGCAACUAUACUGGCAAAUCUCCCAGCAAACAUCUCGGCAACUCUGUCCUAGGAGCGAAGAAACCAGCAAGCAUCGCGCCGGUGGCGCCAAUGUUUCCAAACGGCAGCCGAAGAGACCCGAGGAAUGGUGUUGCGCAGAGUGCGCCUCGGAGGGAGAGGAUUCCUUACAAGUUUUUGAAGAAUCACGCUGAACGCAUUGUUGAUUAA